GCCCGGUGGUUUUGGUUAGUACGUUACCCUUCACAACUCGUGUUGCAGAAGUUGAAGCUACUUCAGGCUCGUCUUUAGGACACUAAUGUUAUUGGUGUACUUUAUCGUGCUCAGUUAACUUUAAUUCAUGUAACCGGAACAGAUUUGUCAUACGCUUCUAAUAUUAUUUAGCAACCGAAAAUUCCCUAUUUAUGACUAGUGACUCCAACCCUCAGUCCUCCACUAACGAACGUCUUCAAAGUAUAGACACAUCCAAAUGCAAUUUCUUUACACAGUUUCCUUUGUCUAAGGAAACCUUGAAGGGGUUAAAAUUGUCAGGUUACACAAAGCCUACUGCAAUUCAAAAGCUAGUCUUAAAACCUGCCCUUCUUGGACAAGAUGUGGUUGCUGAAGCACCUACUGGUAGUGGUAAGACGAUUGCUUUUGCAAUCCCUGUACUUGAACUUCUCCAUCAAAGCAAAGUUUCCAUGUUUGAUGGUCCAGUCGCCAUAAUUCUAACACCAACUCGCGAAUUAUCAAGACAAAUUUUCAGCGUAUUCGCCAAAAUUGCUCGUGAACACCACUUCACUAUGAUGAACAUUAUGGGUGGCAAAGUCUCGGCUUUAAAAAAUCAAGAAUGGAAUAGUAUAUCACGAGCAAAUAUUCUAAUUGGAACUCCUGGUCGAAUGGCUCAACAUCAAACAGAAAAUUCUCUUCUUGAUAUGUCUAAUUUAAAAUUACUUAUAUUAGAUGAAGCUGAUAGAUUAUUAGAUCCAACAUUUCGUGAUGAUUUAGAAGUGAUUCUUCAAAAUUUAACUCCUGAUCGACAAACUUUAUUAUUUUCAGCCACUUUAACAAAAGCUACAGAUCAACUUAUUCGUCUUAGUAUGCGUAAUCCAAUAACUGUAUCAGUCAAUAAUAAUAUUAACAAUACUAAUAAUAAUACAACUUUAUCAAAUGAAUUACAUACACCAUCUGAACUACUUCAAUAUUAUGCCAUUGUUCCAUUGGAACAAAAGUUGGAUACAUUGUGGACAUUUCUCCAAAGUCAUUGUAAGAAGAAGAUCAUUGUAUUUUUUUCAACACAAAAACAGGUUCGAUAUACAUAUGAAUUAUUUCAAUUGCUUAGACCAUAUUUUAAAAUUUUACAACUUCGUGGUAAUAUGAAUCAACAAAAACGUUUUCAAGUUUAUGAUCGCUUUGCUAAUUCUCCACAUGGUGCCGUUCUGUUAGCUACUAAUUUAGCUGAACGAGGUUUAGAUUUUCCAAAUGUCCAUUGGGUUGUACAAUUUGAUUGUCCACAUUUUACUGAAGAUUAUAUACAUCGUAUUGGUCGAACUGGACGAAAUGGACAAAUAGGUCGAUCAAUUUUAUUUCUAUUACCAUCUGAGCACAAUCUAAUUCAUAUACUUGCUAAACAUUCUGUUGUAUUAAAAUUAGUAAAAUUUCCUGAAUCAAAGUUACAACGAAGAGUUUCUAAAGAAUCAUCAAGUUUAUUAGCACGUAAACUGGAAUUAACUCAAUCAGCACGAUUAGCAUUUACUGCUUAUCUACGCGAUUAUUGUUUAAUGGCUAGACGAAAUCCAACUAAACAAAAACAACAACAACAACAAUCUAAUGAAUUAUUGAAUGUGUUCAAUGCAAAAGAUCUACCUGUAGAAAAAUUUGCUAAUUCACUUGGUUUACCAUUCAUAUCAUCACUUCCAAAAGAAUACAUUCAACUUGUUCCAGAUUCAGUUAAAUUGAUUAAAUCUUUUCCAUCAGUUGUAUCAAAUUUAUCUGAUGAUAAUGUCAAUCAAUUAUCGAUUACUACUACUACUACUACUACUACUGAUAACGUGUACAGUUCAAUGAAGAUGGAAUUACCUCAUUCAACAGAGUUGAUAACAUCAAACACUGAUAAUAAUAAUGUUGAUGAAAAUGAUAUUAAUAUGGAUAGUGAUGAUAAUUUAUUGAUUAAAAAAUCUUCAAUCAAUGUCAUUCCGAAUGAAACUAAAUUAAAACCUCUAGAUCUUGUUCAAGAUACAAGUACAGAUGAUGAUACAAUAGAAGAUGAUCAACAUACUAGGAAAUCUGUAAAUAAAUUGAAAAAAUUAAGUCGUAUUCAAUUAGCAAAGAAAGAAUUAAAACAAAAGAUUCGGUCUCAUCGAAAAUUAGAAUUCGACGAUGAAGGUCAUGUAAUAUGCGAGAAAAUCGGUGAUAUCCCUAUUGCUAAACCUCCAAUACCUAUUGAUAAUCAAAUUGAAACAACAAUUACAUCAAAUGAAAUAUUAAACAUUGAUCAAGAACGUCGUUUAUUACAUGAAAUUAUAGAUAAAGAAGAUAAGAAAUUAUGGAGACAACGUAUUCGUCAACGUCAUCAAGCUGAACGUAAAAAAUUAAAAGAGGAAAGAAAAAAAUUAUCACAAUCAAAUGGUCCAAAAGUAUCAUUGAAAGAAAAUUCAUCUGAUUCAAAUAUUGAAAAUGAAUCAGAUUAAUUUAAUUAAAUGACAAGUUGAUCAAAUUUAUGUAAAAAAUAAAAGAAGAAUUACAAAGACAAUCUCUAUUUAUCAAUCCAUUCAAAGAAGAAAAAACUGAUCAGUGAUAAAUGGAUUAACAUUUGUCAAUAUUGUAAAUAAAUUUAUGAACAGAAA